UUAGGCAUGCAAAAUAAGAAAGGGCUGAAAACGAGCAGCGAAGGAUGUGUUUGGUGGUUUAGCAUGAAGAAGGGAGCCCUAUCAAGCUCUAUUCCUGUGCCCUUCAAUUAAUUAAUCCCUUAAGAGUGCAUUUAUUAAUGAGGAAUGAAACCAGGCUAGUUUCUGGGUGCGGGACCCCGUGAGGAGACUUGGGGCAGGGGUUACCCCUCUGCUUCCCUGGGUAUUUUUUGGGGGGGGGAGUGUCAUAGAUUGAAGCUGCAGGUGGAUCUGUACCGAGCCAGGAAGUUAUUAAGGAUGUUUAUUUUCAAUCUGGUCUCUUUGAAACCCACCGGGUCCCCUUGGGGAAGGGGGAUUCUCCCUUCCCCUCUGCUCCCCCUCUGGGAAGGGGGAUCUCUGCAGCCUCUCAGCGCAGCCUUUCCCACGGAGAAAACCUGACCACCCCCGUCCUGAAUCUCUCAGCUCCCUUUCACCUCCCUCGGGGCCCCAGGCACCUGCAGGAAGGGGAGCAGCCAACGGCGAGACCAGCCGGGGCGGAAAACGAAAGCUGCCCCGUCAUCUUCGCCACCAAGAAGACCAUGGCUGAAGACAUCCCUGCAGAAAGCUUCCAGGAUGAAGCCUCCUGUUCCAUCUGCCUGGGCUUCUUCCAAGACCCCGUCUCCAUCCACUGCGGCCACAACUUCUGCCGGGCGUGCAUCACCCGCUGCUGGGAGGAAGAGGAGGCGAAUUUCACCUGCCCGCGGUGCAAAGAGACGGCCCCGCAGAGAAACCUGAGACCCAACCGGGAGCUGGCAAAAAUCAUCGAGAUAGCCAAGAGGCUGAGCCUGCAGGCAGCCAAAGGAGGGGCAGGGGGGGAGAGGCUGUGCGAGAAGCACCAGGAGGCUCUGAAACUCUUCUGCGAGGAGGACCAGACCCCCAUCUGCCUGGUCUGCAGGGAGUCCCAGGCGCAUCGCGCCCACCCCGUGGUCCCCAUCGAGGAGGCUGCAGAGGAGCACAAGGAGAAAUUCCAGGCUCAUGUGCAGAUCCUCAAGGACAGGAGGGAAAAGCUGCUGGGGCUGAAAAUGGCUGAGGAGGGGAGAAGCCUGAAUUUCCUCGAAAGGGUAGAAGCGGAGAGGCAGAAGGUCGUGGCCGAAAUCAAGGAGCUGCACCAGUUCGUGGAGCGACAGGAGCAGCUCCUCUUGGGCCAGCUAGCAAAGCUGGACCACGAGAUCGUGACGAGGCAGGAGGAGAACAUCGCCAAGCUCUUGGAGGAGAUCUCCUCCGUGGGCGAGCAGAUCCGUGAGCUGGAAGAGCGCUGUCAGCAGCCAGCGUACGAACUCCUGCAGGACAGCAGGAACAUCCUGAGCAGGCUUGAGAGAGAGAGCGCCCAGAAGCCACUGGAGGCAUCGCCUGAGCUGGCUGAGACACCCACCAGUCUUCCCCAGAAGAACAUUGCCCUCAAGGAGAUGCUGAUGAAAUUUCAAGUAAGCCUGACACUGGAUCCGGAGACGGCGCAUCCCCGGCUGGUCCUGUCCGAGGAUCGCAAACGCGUGAGAUGGGAAGACACCCGCCAGCCUGUGCCCGAUAACCCCAAACGCUUUGAUUCGUCCCGCUGCGUGCUGGGCUGCGAGGGUUUCAGCACGGGCAGGCACUACUGGGAGGUGGAGGUGGGUGACGGGGAAGCCUGGGCCGUUGGGGUGGCCAAGGAGUCGGUGAGGAGGAAGGGACGGAUCAGCGUCAACCCCGAAGCGGGCAUCUGGGCGGUGGGGCAAUGUGGGAGCCAGUACCAGGCUCUCACCUCUCCUACCAGCCCCAUCUCCCUGCUCACUGCCCCCAGGGUGAUUGGGAUUUACCUGGACUACGACGCAGGGCGCGUGGCGUUUUUCGACUCCCACAACCAGGCGCCCAUCUUCACCUACCCGCCGACGUCCUUUGCAGGGGAGCAAAUCCUGCCUCUGCUCUGCCUGGGGAGGGGAUGCCAGUUCACCCUGUCCCCCUGACCCUCCCCAUGCCUCAAGUCUCACUCACCCAAAUCUGGAGACACUGUGGGUUCUCAUCACUCCAAAGAUGGCUUUUGGGGGCAUGAAGAAAACCUCUCUGUUGGAGAAGAGCGACAGAGCUGAGCCAAAUCUCCAACUGACCGCGCAUCCCUGCUGUUUGCUGGACCCUGCACCUGCACUUUUCAUCCCGCUGAGCGUCGUGACUGAGCAUAGACGCCGUGGACCAACAUGCAAAAGCCUUUAGGACUUCCUGACUGCUUC